GUAUCUAACCUCUUUCUACAUCUUUCUACCUAAGACUUAUCUCUCCCGAUUCUGGCCGGUCCAGUACCAGAACGCGUUCGUAGCAAGAGCUUGGAAUGCCGCGAUUUAUCACCAAGUUCCACAGAAAGGAUGCCCCCUAUCAUACCAUCCGUACGGCUAUGCAUGCCAAAGUUGGUGGGUGUGCCUCGCAAUAUGUGGCAUGUUAUAAGUCCUACCCAUGUGUAUCACAUUCUCUUCUUUUUUCUAGCAUACUCUAAUAGACAUGUUCCAUUGCUCAUUUGUCUACAUUCUCGUCUACGAGGACCUACACAAUGGAUUCCGUCUCGUCGAAACGGAGGACCAAGUCGGGGGCCUUCCCCGGAAAGUUCAAAAGCUUCGUCAAUGAUGUAAAAAAGUUCAGGGUUCAUCGUCAUGAAAGGAAAGAGGGUCAGGAAGUGUUGGCGGUGGGGUCUUCCCCUGCGCUUAUCCCUCAGCCCUUCCAGCCCUCCCAGGCCUCUGAAGUCCCCAUCUCUGUCUCUGAGACCACCGUCCCCGAGAUCAACAUCCCAGAUAUCGACGAUCCCGCCAUUGGUAAUGCCGAGAUUGAUGAACCCGAGGUCAAUAUUCCAAAGAUCGAAACUCCCGAGCCGAAGUUACUGUCCUCAUCGCAAAGCUCUCUUCCUGUAGCAAGUCUCGCCGUGCAGGUCACUAUCACUUUUGAUGAGCCAUUGAAUUACUCGUACAGUCGUAGCUAUGAGACUUCGCCCGAUUUCCUGGCCACCGACGCAUUAUGCCAAGGUCUAUUGCGACGGGUUGAUCACUGUUGCUACGAGUUGAUCACCCGCAAAGACUCAACCGCCAUGGAAUAUGCCGCCGCAAGUGGUACGGAUAAGCCAUUGAGAUAUGAGAUCCAGAUCGAUAUUAUUCGGGGUUGGUCCGAGAUAUGGUCUUCUAGGACUUUCAAGUCAUAUCAAAAGCAGGCCCUAUCAAACGAAGCCGCAAGAGAGAUUAUCACAUCGACUCAUCACAUAAUAGGGUUGUUUUUAAAACACCACGAUCAGGAUUUUGUCAUGAAGGAGGGUUUCGUAAGAGAAGACCCGUUAGACGAACAGGCGAAGUUCCCACAUCGGGCCGGACGUGUUCAGCCUAUGUCGUGCGUACCACGCUCCCACUUCCUGGAGAAAUCACAAUCUUUCGAGUCAUUACCCGGUUAUACGAUCAACUUCUCCUUCACGAGUCGAUGUCAGCGUCGAAAGCCACACGAAUGGCAUACGAAAGUCAAAGUCGACAGUGACCAAGCUGCACCACUGAAUUCGAUCGGGGCAGAGAACUUAUUCUUCGAGGCAUCUUACGCAUUAGACGGCGUUUUGCGAUCAGAAAGAGAGACAUUUAAUAAUAAACACAGCAAGUGUGUGAACUUGGAUGGAUGUAAAGACUGUCGUCAUCAUGAUAAUGAUGGGUUGGAAUUGCAACUUUCGAUCGUGAAUAACCUCGGUCCUCAAUUCCUUCACCUAGAGCGGACUGUACACUGCAAUAGCAACUUCUCCUUUCAUUCCGACACCGAAAAAUGUGUGACAUUUAUCAACCAAGUAGAAGUUGCUCUCGCUAAAGUUCGAGAUGAUGCCGAUAAGGUCAUUAGUCGGAUGAACGAUCUUGAAUUUAGGAUUACAGAACUUCGUGGUCAUGGCUGGGCGCUGGAUGAGCCGCUCAUUUUUACUUUGCCUUCCUCUAAUUUCCAUUCCCGGAGAGAUAUCGAAGCGAUACUGGAUCGGAUUCAAGCCAGCGUUGCAGAAAUACUUCGAGGUAAUGCCAUCUCCGUUCGAAUGACUGCGCACAAGCGAGGCCAUUUUAUAUUGGACAAGACUUUCGUGACCAGAGAACCCCUUGAGGCGGAGGAAAAGAAGAAGACCAAAUCAACUGGGAAGCCGAAGGAUUACGUAUUGAAACGGCUCCAACAGCGCAUUGAGCGGGCUAUUGAGAUGGUCUGCAAAGAUACCCUAACAGUUGACGACGCAGAAGAGAGAGAGGAAGAUGCUAGAAAGGAAGCUUCCAUUUUGGAACAGAGGCCGCUUACUCGAGAUACUCGAGAUACUCGGAAUACAGACGCUAUAACCUUUAUAAGCAGACCUAAGACUGCUGAGUCUGCCUCGAAAAAUACUUCAGAACAGCAUAAAGCCCCUUCAUAUUUAACAACGGAUGCAGAAGCCAGUGCGGUCGUUCCAAGCUCGAAGAGCGUGAUAGAGAACGAACAUCCAAGACCCUUUACUCCUACUCCUGAAGCUACCCCAAAAGCACAUUCCGCACCACCGUCCCCGACCCGUCGUCCUCCCAUUCCCGUGCGGCGAUCGUCGAUGGUCUUAUACUACUCAAAAACGGGUGCUAGAGUCUUCCCAUUAGUGCCAUGGGCACAUAGUUACGGAGAACUCGAAGGCUUAGGCGAGAGGAAAUCACAGCAGGAUAUAUUCGGUCAGCAGGAAACCAUCGGCUUACUACACAAGCCAUCGACGUUGACUUCCCAACAAAGUAUUCUAAAACCUGGGGAGCCCGAAGGGAAAGAGGCGGCUGUAACGGCAACCCAAGAGAAGGGAGUAGAGUCAACCCCAAUCUAUGAGCACUCGAUUGCUUCGACGCCUAGUCUGGUGUUUGGGGGCGACUCUUCUCCUGGCAGUAGUCUUUUGAUAACUCCUAAGACGCAUCGUCUUAGUGCCGAGGUGGACUACCCUAAGAAUGCAAUUAUCGACAGCGACGACGAAGACGUUAGGGAGUCGGGGAACAUGAGCGUAGAAGCACAACAGGACCUGCUAAAAAGCCAGCUGUUUCGCACGCCAUCUCCACAACUCACCACGAAACCGGCAAGCUCGUCGCCACUUCGUGUGAGCGAAACCAUACAAAGUCAAAGCAGUAUUGCCCUCCCAGAAAGCGAUAAAGUGUCCCUGAAGAAUAGCACUAAAGUCGCCAACUCAAAGCCUAACCAGAAACCACCGGUUAACGGGGCAGUUAAGACUCCCGUGGACACCUUGGCACAAUCCAAACCAGACUUCACCUUCUCAUCACCGCCAGCAACCACCCCAGAAGGCGGCAAUUCGGAGGGCGAAGACACCUUCCAACCACGGCAAAGGGAGUCGAGCCCAGACCCAUCCGAGGACUUGGACAUCUCGCUAUCCCACGAGUCCCAGCAGCAAGCGCGCGGCUCCUUCGGAAGCGCGGGUAUACUCGGUUUCCACGAGCAGAUGUAUGGCUCGCCAUUUUUACGGACCGUGCUGAUGCGCCAUCGGCCAAGCUCUAACUUCGACGUUACCGAGCUCGCGCGCGAGGAGAAGAGGCCCGGGACGGCGGUGUGAUAGCUCCUUGUCGAGUCCUCUUAGAAAAAGAGAGAGAGAGGGAGAGAGACAUAGUAAUCAGUAAUUUCUUCCCUUUGUAUAGUCAUGUAUGUAAAUGGCAUAUCAGGCCCGGAGUUGAGGAUCAUCAAACAGCACAUGCAUGCAUUUUGCCUCUUCGCACGGGCGGGAUAGCAAUUGGGUUGGUAUAUAUAUAUGGGGGGUAGGUAUACCGCUAGGUAUAGGGUAGGGAAGGAAAGGAAAGGAAAGGAAAGGAAAGGAAUAUAUUAUUACCCCUGGGUUACAUGGGAACACGUCGACGACGUUAAAAGUUGUAUAUAUAUAUAUAUAUAUUAUCGCAAGACGCAAGAUUUUUACCUUGGGGAAAUCGAAUAUUAGAAUAAUAUAUUAAAUUUAAGAUUG